AUGUCUUGGGACGAUGAAGCUAUCAACGGUUCUAUGGGUAAUGAUGACGUCGUUUUGAUGGACUCAUGGGAUGCUGAAAUCGGUGAUGACGAACCUGUCAUGCAAUCGUGGGAUGCAGAAGAGGAAGAAAAGAAGCCUACUCCAAAACCAAAGAAAGAACAACCAAAAAAGGCUAAGAAAGGUAAAGAAUCCUCCACUGACAGAGUCCUAUUGGAUAUUGACACAUUAGACGAAAAGACUCGUAAAGAAUUGAUCAAGAAGGCUGAAAUGGAGUCUGAUUUAAACAACGCCGCAGAUUUGUUUGCGGGUUUAGGCGUUGCCGAAGAACAUCCAAGAGCCCGUGCUUUACAAAAAGAACAAGAGGAACAAGCUCUAAAAAGACCCGCCUUUACCAAGGAUACGCCUAUCGAAACACACCCACUGUUUAACGCUGAAUCGAAGAGGGAAUACCAAGAUUUAAGAAAGGCCCUCUCUGCUGCUAUCACACCAAUGAACAAGAAAUCUCCGCUGAACUACUCUUCGUCAUUAGCCAUUGAUUUGAUUAGAGAUGUAGCAAAGCCAAUGUCUAUCGAAUCUAUAAGACAAACAGUUGCUACUCUGAACGUUUUGAUCAAAGAUAAAGAAAGAGAAGAGAGGCAAGCUCGUUUGGCUCGUGUUAGAGGUGGUACUGCUACUGGUGGUGCCGGUAAGAAAAAAGUCAAGGGUAAGACCAAUUUGGGUGGUGCAUUCAAAAAAGAUCAAGAUUUCGAUCUAGAUGGCGCCGACGACUUUGAAUUCGGUGAUGAUGACUUUAUGUAA